CCUAUUUCUAAAGAUUGUUCAGUUCAAGAGAAUGAAGAAUUCAGAGUAAUUUUGAUAAAUGGAUUGCAAUAUGGAGAAUUAAGAAUAAGCUGAACAUUUGAUCUGCUUUGAAGAAACAUAUUUUCCAUUUGUCUAGAGUAAUCUAUAAUCACCAAACCAAUCAAAAUGAAUUCAACAUUAUUUUCCCAGGUUGAAAACCAUUCAAUCUUCUGUAAUUUUUCAGAGAAUUCCCAGUUUUUGGCUUUUGAAAGCGAUGAUUGUCAUCUGCCCUUGGCCAUGAUAUUUACAUUAGCUCUUGCUUAUGGAGCUGUAAUAAUUCUCGGGGUCUCUGGAAACCUGGCCUUGAUUAUAAUCAUCUUGAAACAAAAGGAGAUGAGAAAUGUUACCAAUAUCCUGAUUGUGAACCUUUCCUUCUCAGACUUGCUUGUUGCCAUCAUGUGUCUCCCCUUCACAUUUGUCUACACAUUAAUGGACCACUGGGUUUUUGGCGAGGCGAUGUGCAAACUGAAUCCUUUUGUGCAAUGCGUUUCAAUCACCGUGUCCAUUUUCUCUCUGGUUCUCAUUGCUGUGGAGCGCCAUCAGCUGAUAAUCAACCCACGAGGGUGGCGACCAAGUAACAGACACGCUUACAUAGGUAUUGCGGUCAUCUGGGUCCUUGCUGUGUUUUCUUCUCUACCUUUCCUCAUCUAUCAAGUAUUGACCGAUGAGCCGUUCCAGAAUGUAACACUUGACGCGUUCAAGGACAAAUACGUGUGCUUUGAUAAAUUUCCAUCGGACUCCCACAGGCUGUCUUAUACAACUCUCCUCUUGAUGCUGCAGUAUUUUGGCCCACUCUGUUUUAUAUUUAUUUGCUACUUCAAGAUAUACAUACGCUUAAAAAGGAGAAACAACAUGAUGGACAAGAUGAGAGACAAUAAGUACAGGUCCAGUGAAACCAAAAGAAUCAACAUCAUGCUUUUGUCCAUUGUGGUGGCGUUUGCGGUCUGCUGGCUGCCCCUUACCAUCUUUAACACUGUGUUUGAUUGGAAUCAUCAGAUCAUUGCAACGUGUAACCAUAAUCUAUUAUUCCUGCUGUGCCACCUUACAGCAAUGAUAUCCACUUGUGUCAACCCCAUAUUUUACGGAUUUCUGAACAAAAAUUUCCAGAGAGACUUGCAGUUCUUCUUUAGCUUUUGUGAUUUCCGGUCUCGGGAUGAUGACUAUGAGACAAUAGCCAUGUCCACCAUGCACACGGAUGUUUCCAAGACGUCUUUGAAACAAGCAAGCCCAGUCGCAUUUAAGAAAAUCAACAAUGAUGAUAAUGAAAAAAUCUGAAACUCUGGUAGCAUAUGGUCCCAGAUGAUAUCUGUCUAAAAACAAGCACAACCGGCAACAUCGUUUUGUUACCUGUUCCCCCAAGGGAAUGAGGUUGUACUCAUUUAAGAAAGACCAAGAUUUGCUUGUCUUGCUUUUUACUGCUUUUAUUGUAGCUGUCUAAUUACACUGGGACAAAAUGUAUGGGCUUUGGAAUCUUCCGGGCAAUAGUUUUGACCAGAUAUCCUUGAAGUGCUUUUUGUAAACUUCUGCAUAUAAUAUGAAGACUUUUAUAUUCAAUUUGUUGGAAUUAAGUUUCUUUAGAGUAUUACUACUGACUGACUUUAGAAGCACUACAUCUGA